CACGCAGCUACGGCUAAGCACGACUGCCCACGGCCGGCCGGCCGCUACCGUCUCCGCCCGUAACAGCGUGUGCAUUCCAGCGGCGUGAAGCGCGCCCCAGCUCCGUCUCUCGUCUUCGCGGGACGUUUUUCCGCCCGGCUGCUGCGCCACGGGACUGGACGGCACUGGCGCUCCCCCCUCCCCCCUUCCUCCUCCUCCUCCUCCUCCUCUUCCAGCCCGCUCCUCUCUACCCGUGCAUGCGUGUGUGUGUCCGUGCGUGUGCGUGCGUGGGUCUGUGUUUGUGUGUGUGUGUGUGUGUGUGUGUGUGUGUGUCGUCUGUUGCCGAGUGCGCGCGAGUCAUGGCGGCGCCGCAGCUCAGCUGCUGAACGAGUGCGUGGCGUGACAUCGAGUGCGAGUGUAAACUGAAAAAAAUUAAAUAAAACAAAAUAAAGAAAAGACGGACCAGCGCUGUAGCUGUCACGUCGCUCACCGGACGACUCCUUUGCGGUUCCUGGCUGUAAAUUACUUUUGGUGCACAGUGUCACUCGUCUGUGGGAUCUUUUCCUUGGGGUUCGCGAGGGAGAGGAUGUUCUCCUUUCACGGUGCACGGCGACUGCGUACGUGGAGAUAUAAUUGACGGAAUGGUCAGGAAGGAGAGUCGAGUGUGCGAACAUGCUGUCCGGCGACGAUAACUUGUGUGUUCCGUGCCUGCAGUGAGAGAGGGGAUCUGCCAAGUGUGUGUGUGUGCGGCUGCCUUGCCAGUGCUCGACGGCCACGGAACGCCUAUUCUUCAAGGUCUGUGAAUGGAUGUAACUGUGCUCUCCAUCCAAACUUGCUUAAGCAGUACAAACGUGUUGACGCGGCUGGCGCCCGGCCGUAGUAUGUUCUGAAGGCGAGCGCACGUCGAGUUAGACGGUGGGAUCCCCGAUGGCCCAGCAUGGCAGCUCGCCCCCAGAGCUGCAGCGACCGCCGGCCGCGCCCGCGCUCGCGCUGGUGCACCGCCCUCGCGUGCCCCGGCCGCCGCCGACGACGCCGGCGGCGACGGCGGCGGCGCCGGCGACGACGGGGGCGGUGGUGGCGGGAGACGUCGUAACGCUGACGACGCCGCGGCCCGACACCGAGCGCGUCACCAACGAGUACGUGGAGACGCCGUUCCGGCCCGCGACGGCGGCGGCACCGUUGCCCGCCGCCGGCAAGCUGGCCGCCGCCCCCAAGCAGCGGCACCACCCGCUGUCCCUGCAGCUGCCGCCGGCCCGCGACUCGGCCCGCGACCACCAGGCGCUGCACCUGCCCGUCGUCGUGGCGCCGGGCAAGAGGCCGCAGCUGCCGCCCGCGCCGCACCACCACGCGCACCUCCUCCACCACCACCACCACCACCACCACCACCACGCGCACACGUUCGAGAAGGAGGGCCGCGGGUACCCGGGGCCGGCGGCGGCGCUGUCGGGCGGCGGCGCGGGCAGCCCGGCGUCGGGCUCCGCGUCGGGCUCGUCGUCGCCGGGCGGGCGCGGGUCGGACGGGCGCGUGGUGGCGGCGCCGGGCAGCCUGGGCCCGGCGGGCGGCGUGCCCGACUGCUUCCGCGGCUCCAUCAUCUGCCCCGAGUGCGGCCGCUGCCGCUGCGAGUCUUGCCGCAAGCCGCGCCCGCUGCCGUCGCGCUGGCUCUGCGACAACUCGUGCUACUGCUCGGCCGAGACGGCGCUCGACUACGCGACGUGCCUGUGCUGCGUCAAGGGGCUGUUCUACCACUGCUGCCGCGACCACGACCUGGAGGGCGCGGACGAGCCGUGCGCGUGCGGGCCGCCGCGCUGCGCGGCGCGCUGGGGCUGCCUGUGCGCGCUGUCGCUGGCGCUGCCCUGCCUCUGGUGGUACUGGCCGCUGCGCGCCUGCCUGCGCCUCUGCGAGGCCUGCUACCGCCGCCACAGCGCCGCCGGCUGCCGCUGCCGGCCCGCCAGCUCGCUGCUGCUCGCCGCCUCCCCGGACUUCUGACCUAUUUAUUUUUGUACCACUUACGCUCUAGUGUCGGCCGUAUCAGGGAUUAUACAUAUAUAUAUAAAUAUAAAUACAUACUCCUUUCC